AUGCCGUUCAUGCCGGUGAAGUUCAAUCUGCAGAAGCGGGUGAAGCUGGCUCAGGGUCUAUGGAUGCUCUACUGGCUCUCGGUCAUUGUGGGCAUCCUCAUCUUCAGCCUUGGCAUUUUCUUCAAGAUCGAACUGCGGAAGAGAAGUGAGAUGAUGGACAACAACGAGAGCCACUUAGUGCCCAACCUGCUGAUCCUGAUGGGCAUGUUGGCCUGUGGGAUCAAUGCCUUUGGGGGAAAGGUGUGCCACGACUCUCUGGAUCCGGUCAAGUUCGCCAAGUGGAAACCGAUGCUGAAGCCCUACCUCCUGAUGUGCUGCGGCUUCAACGUGCUGCUGCUGCUGAUGGCGCUGCUGUGCUUCCUCAUGCAGUUCGCCAUGUACCUGACGCUGGCGGAGGGCCUGAAAAACAGCAUCAAGUUCUACAAAGACACAGACACGCCGGGACGCUGCUUCAUGAAGAGGACGCUGGACAUGACACAGAUCGAGUUUCGCUGCUGCGGGAACAACAACUUCAGGGAUUGGUUCGAGGUGCAGUGGAUCAGCAACCGCUACCUGGACAUGAGCAAUGACGAGGUCAAAGAUCGUGUCCUCAGUAAUGUGGAGGGGAAGUUCCUGAUGGACAGCGUCCCGUUCAGCUGCUGUAACCCCGGGUCCCCUCGGCCCUGCAUCCAGCAUCACCUGACCAAUAACUCCGCCCACUACGACUACGAUCACCGCACAGAGGAGCUCAACAUCUGGGUCCGGGGCUGUCGCGAGGCCCUCUUCUCCUACUAUAGUGGCAUGAUGAAUAGCAUCGGAGCGCUUGUCAUCUUUACCAUCCUCCUGGAGUCGACGGACAUGGCGGGAUUGAAAUACCUCUGCACGGCUCUGGAGACGAUGGAGGACCCAGAGAACCCAGAGUGCGAGAGCGAGGGCUGGCUGCUGGAGAAAGGUGUGAAGGAGACGUUCGAUGACCUGCUCUCCAAGGUGAAGACGCUCGGGAAGGGAAACCAGGUGGAUGAGGGCGGGGACGCACCGGAGGCCACCACCUGA